ACUAUUUGAAGCUACAUGACGAGUUUUGACUUGCAUUUCACUGUUAGUUUAACACAAAAUAUGUAAAUUUUCUGUCAAUUAAACCGACAGUUUUUUUUCGAUUAAAGUACUUGUUUGUAUGCGUGCAGCGUGUAGUUACUGUGAUUGGAACCCUGAAAUUGGCGACACUAGCCCGGCUACUUCGCACACCGUUGCGGGACCACAGUGCUUGACAGAAGGGUCUUCCAAAUCUAAAGUUCACCUGAUUCCCUCAAAGUACCGUGAUUGGCUCCUGAAGAUGUCUUCUAUAGAUCCCUAUCAGUACAUUGUGGUGGAACACCAGUAUUCCCAUAAGUUCAAAGUGACUGUGGUACGAGCUGAGAAGGUGACCAAGGGUUCUACCCUGGGAGACUUUUUGGACACUCCAGACCCCUACGUGGAGUUGUUCAUCCCAACCACUCCAGACUCAAGAAAACGGACGCGGCACAUUGACAAUGACAUCAACCCCAUAUGGAACGAGACCUUUGAGUUCAUACUGGACCCCAAUCAGGAAAACACUCUAGAGUUGACAUUGAUGGAUGCUAACUAUGUCAUGGAUGAGACCCUGGGAAUGGCCUCGUACUCCAUUGCUAAACUCAAAGUGGGACAACCAGAAGUGGUUCCAUUCCCCAUUGGCAAGUUAACCAAGGUGUACUUGGAGAUGUCGUUAGAGGUGUGUUCAUCCACAGACCUGCGGUUCAGCAUGGCCCUGUGUGACCAGGAGAAGCUGUUCAGACAGGCACGCAGAGACCGGGUGAUGCUGGGCAUCAAGAAACUACUCAACAUGGAGAAAGGACAACACCUCCCCACCUCAUUAAGAGAGGUCCCUACAAUCGCCAUCGUGGGGUCAGGGGGAGGGUUCCGAGCCAUGGUGUGUUUCUCUGGAGUGAUGAAGGCUCUGUAUGAGUCUGGAGUUCUGGACUGCGCUACCUACGUGGCUGGACUUUCUGGAUCUACCUGGUACAUGUCUACGCUGUACUCGCACCCUGAGUUCCCUAAGGGUAAGGGUCCUGGGGAGAUCAACCAGGAGCUGAUGAGGUGUGUGAGCAGUAACCCACUGAGGCUGUUGCUGCCCCAGAACAUCAAGCGCUACAUCAAGGCCCUGUGGAGAAAGAAGGCUGCUGGGCAGCCCGUCACCUUCACCGACGUCUUCGGCAUGCUCAUUGGAGAGACGCUCAUGCCCGGGAGGAUGGACUUCAAGCUGAGCCACAUGCAGAAGACUGUGAGCGAGGGUCAGAGCCCAAUGCCUCUCUUCACCUGUCUGCACGUCAAGCCAGACGUCUCAGAACUCAUGUUCGCUGACUGGGUGGAGUUUACCCCGUACGAGAUUGGCAUGGCCAAGUAUGGUACCUUCAUGUCCCCGGGCCUGUUUGGCAGUAAGUUCUUCAUGGGCAGCGUGGUGAGACAGUACGAGGAGAACCCCCUGCAUUUCCUCAUGGGGGUGUGGGGCAGUGCUUUCUCCAUCCUCUUCAACCGGGUCAUGGGGGUCAAAGGGACCACUGGAGGUACCACCAUGGAAGAGGAGCUUGAGCAAAUAAAGCCUCAGCACAUUGUGGGUGAAGAGACGCAUGAAAAUGAGGACGAGCCAAGAAAAGCGGGUGGAACAGAAAACCAGGAGGCAGAGGAAGAGCUCCAGCGUAAUGCCCAGGCCAGCUGGACCAGCAGGAUGUUCACCUCCCUGGUGGGGGAGUCCACCCUCUUCAACACCCGUGAGGGCAGAGCGGGCAAGGUGCACAACUUCAUGCUGGGGCUCAACCUCAACUCCUCCAUGCCUUUCUCCCCCUUCAACAACAGAUCAUUCACACACCACAACCUGGAGGAGGAACAGGACGCUGUCACAGACCCAGAUGAGUUUGAUCGCAUCUACGAGCCGCUGGACGUGAAGAGUAAGAAGAUCCACAUAGUGGACAGUGGUCUGACCUAUAACCUCCCGUACCCACUCAUCCUGCGGCCGCAGCGUGGCGUCGACCUCAUCAUCUCCUUCGACUUCUCAGCCCGUCCCAGUGACUCCAGCCCACCCUUUAAGGAGCUCCUGCUAGCUGAGAAAUGGGCUCGCAUGAACAAGCUUCCCUUCCCAAAGAUCGACCCCAAAGUGUUUGACCGUGAGGGCCUCAAGGAGUGUUAUGUCUUCAAACCCCGCAAGGAAGACAAGUGCUGCCCCACCGUCAUCCAUUUUGUACUGGCCAACAUCAACUUCAGGGAAUUCAAAGCUCCCGGAGUCCCUCGAGAGACGGACAAAGAGAAGGAGUUUGGUGACUUUGAUGUCUUCGACGACCCCGAGAGUCCGUACUCCACGUUCAACUUUCAGUACUCCAACCAGGCCUUCACCCGCCUCCACGACCUCAUGGAGUUCAACACGCUCAACAACAUCGAGGUGAUUAAGGAUGCAAUAAUGGACAGCAUCAGCCAGAGACGGGAGAACCCCUCACGCUGCUCCGUCUCCAUCUCACUCAAUGAGAUUGAAAACAAGAAGUUCUUGAAACGGAACGUCAGCUCAGCUAAGCUCCCCAUAUAACUCCACCAGAGACACCUUUCCAUGACAAGACCUGGAGGUUAAGUUUUUUGAUAGAACAAAACGUUACAGCUCUAAGAACAGAUAAGAAUGGUAACCAACCUAUCCUUGUAGCUGCAAGGCUUAUCUCUGUUUGAAUGGGAUAUAAGCCUCACUUCAAGCUAGCCUCGUCUCAGACCUGUUUGUGAUUUCUUGCCAACUCACGACAAUGGCCAUGGGAGUUUGAAAGACAGUACAAACUGAUCUGAGACCAGGGUGACUUAAAGCAACUAUGCAGCCUCUUCUUUUGAGCUCUGUUUGACUAUUGUUUGGGAGAGGAUGCAGCACACCUUGUUCUGUAUAUUCCUGGCCUAGCAUCUGGGGUGGUGUGGUUAAUCUUUAAACGGGUCGCUCACUCUCUCACACACACAAGGACACACACACUCCAUCCCUUCAUGCAGCAGGCAGAGGAGAGAGGAGAGAUCACGCCUGGAAAUACAUGUUUGUGUGAAGGCCUGCCUAGUGAUGCAAUGUAUCUCUGGCAGGGGUCAGUCGAGGCGUGGCGUUGUCAAGGGAUGAACAUUUACUUCUAAAACGGAUUUUACUGACUCACGUAUUUGCUGCAGAUCCAAACUUGAAAUAUCUGUAGUUGAAUUAGAAUGACUCCUUAACAAUGAUAUUUUCUUUAUGCCAUUCUAACUAUCUUUACCAGUCUCUUGUUCCCUUUUCAUCUAUGUAUUAGUAUUUUGUUCCAUACAUACCGGGGAAGGGUGUUUGGUCUUUUGCUUUAUCGUGCAAACAUUGCUGAGAUUUAGGGCAACCUUGUCUCUGUUGCAGCAGAUGGGGGGAAAAUAGCGUGUUUUCUUUGUCACACUGUGCCUGUACUCUCCCGUUUAGGAUUUUGAACCCCGGUCUCCCGGCCCCCGUGUGACAGGAAGGGAUGCUGACCACUAUACUAACGAGGAGCUCAGGCUUGCCAGUCCACAGCUCCGCCUCUAAAAACACUCCUUCUGUAAGGCAACCUGUGAAAUUCUAUUGGCACCCGCAUUCUGCCUAGGCAAGCGUGCUAUUCACAGCAUUUACACAAUGGAGACCUGGCUCUCAGUUCCUCCUUCCUCUUCUCCCUCCUCCAGACUGUAGAAGAGAAGUGGGGGAAGGGAUGAUGGAAUGUCUCCUCCCUUCCUUUCCCCCUGUUUUACCCAGUGGGAGAGAAGCAGGGGAUGUCUGGGGAGGAGUGUUAGCUCACUCCUCCAGGGGAAGGCCUGGCUGAAUGGCGUGAUGUGAGGGUGAAAAGGCAUGUGGGGAGUUGAACAAACCUAGAAUUUCUCUGAAGCUGGCAAGUUGAAAUGGGCACGCAACACACAGGAAGCUCGUUACACACACAUUCCAUGUUGGGAUGGCCCUAUGUUAUAGACGGUGUCUCACAAAGGAACCUCUUCCUUUGGGUUGCUUUUACAGUGCCUUGCAAAAGUAUUCAUCCCCCUUGGCGUUUUUCCUAUUUUGUUGCAUUACAACCUGUAAUUUAAAUUGAUUUUGAUUUUGAUUUCAUGUAAUGGACAUACACAAAAUAGUCCAAAUUGGUGAAGUGAAAUGAAAAAAUGACAAAAAAUCUGAAAAGUGACGCAUGCAUAUGUAUUCCUUUGCUAUGAAGCCCAUAAAUAUGGUUUAGUGCAACCAAUUACCUUCAGAAGCCACAUAAUUAGUUAGAUUGCACACAGGUGGGCUUUAUUUAAGUGUCACAUGAUCUGUCACAUGAUCUCAGUAUAUAUACACAUCUGUUCUGAAAGGCCCCAGAGUCUGCAACACCGCUAAGCAAGGGGCACCACCAAGCAAGCGGCGCCAUGAUGACCAAGGAGCUCUCCAAACAGGUCAAGGACAAAGUUGUGGAGAAGUACAGAUCAGGGUUGGGUUAUAAAAAAAUAUCAAAAACUUUGAACAUCCCACGUAGCACCAUUAAAUCCAUUAUUUAAAAAUGGAAAGAAUAUGGCACCACAACAAACCUGCCAAGAGAGGGCCGCCCAGCAAAACUCACAGACCAGGCAAGUAGGGCAUUAAUUAGUGAGGCAACAAAGAGACCAAAGAUAACCCUGAAGGAGCUGUAAAGCUCCACCGCGGAGAUUGGAGUAUCUGUCCAUAGGACCACUUUAAGCCGUACACUCCACAGAGCUGGGAUUUACGGAAGAGUGGCCAGAAAAAAGCCAUUGCUUAAAGAAGAAAAUAAGCAACCACAUUUGGUGUUCGCCAAAAGGCAUGUGGGAGACUCCCCAAACAAAUGGGAAGAAGGUACUCUGGUCAUUUGAGAUUAAAAUUGAGCUGUUGGCCAUCAAUUAAUAUGUCUGGCGCAAACACAACACCUCUCAUCACCCGAGAACACCAUCCCCACAGUGAAGCAUGGUGGUGGCAGCAUCAUGCUGUGGGAGAUGUUUUUCAUCGGCAGGGACUGGGAAACUGGUCAGAAUUGAAGGAAUGAUGGAUGGCGCUAAAUACAGGGAAAUUCUUGAGAGAAACCUGUUUCAGGCUUCCAGAGAUUUGAGACUGGGACGGAGUUUCACCUCCCAGCAGGACAAUGACCCUAAGCAUACUGCUAAAGCAACACUUGAGUGGUUUAAGGGGAAACAUUUAAAUGUCUUGGAAUGGCCUAGUCAAAGCCCAGACCUCAAUCCAAUUGAGAAUCUGUGGUAGGUCUUAGAUUGCUGUACACCAGCAGAACCCAUCCAACUUGAAGGAGCUGGAGCAGUUUUGCCUUGAAGAAUGGGCAAAAAUCCAAGUGGCUAGAUGUGCCAAGCUUAUAGAGACAUACCCCAAGAGACUCGCAGCUGUUAUUGCUGCAAGAAGUGGCACUACAAAGUAUUGACUUUGGGGGGGGUGAAUAGUUAUGCACGCUCAAGUUUUCUGUUUUUUUGUCUUACUUUUUGUUUGUUUCACAAUAAAAAAAAUAUGUUGCAUCUUCAAAGUGGUAGGCAUGUUGUGUAAAUCAAAUGAUACAACCCCCCCAAAAAUCCAUUUUAAUUCCAGGUUGGCAACAAAAUAGGAAAAUGCCAAGGUGGGUGAAUACUUUCGCAAGCCACUGUAGCUACUCUGCCACUAGCCCUAAAAUGCAACUAAGUGAACCCAUACCUGUAGAAGGGUUAACCCCUUAUUUACAGUGCAUUCAGAAAGUAUUCAGACCCCUUGACAUUUUCCGAAUGUUGUUACGUUACAGCCUUAUUCUAAAAUGUUUUUUUUACAUUCUCAUCAAUCUACACACAAUACCACAUAAUGACAAAGUGAAAACAGGUUUUUAAUUUUUUUUGCAUAUUUAAUUAAAAUAAAAAACAGAUACCUUAUUUGCUAUGAUACUCUAAAUUAAGCUCAGGUGCAUCCUGUUUCCAUUUCUCAUCCUUGACAUGUUUCUACAACUUGAUUGGAGUCCACUUGUGAUAAAUUAAAUUGAUUGAACAUGAUUUGGAAAGGCACACACCUGUCUAUAAGGUCCCACAGUUGACAGUGCAUGUCGGAGCAAAAACCAAGUCAUGAGAUUGAAGGAAUUGUCUGUAGAGCUCUGAGACAGGAUUGUGUCCAGGCACAGAUCUGGGGAAGAGUACCAAGAAUAUUCCGCAGCAUUGAAGGUCCACAGGAACACAGUGGCCUCCAUCAUUCUUAAAUGGAAGAAGUUUUGAACCACCAAGACUCUUCCUAGAUCUGUCUGCCCGGCCAAACUGAGCAAUCCGGGGAGAAGGGCCUUGGCCAGGGAGGUGACCAAGAACCCAAUGGUCACUCUGACAGAGCUCCAGAGUUCCUCUGUGGAGAUAGGAGAACUUUCCAGAAGGACAACCAUCUCUGCAGCACUCCACCAAUCAGGCCUUUAUGGUAGAGUGGCCAGACGGAAGCCACUUCUCAUUAAAAGGCACAUGACAGCCUGCUUGCCAAAAGACAUCUAAAGAGUGUCAGACCACAAGAAACAAGGUUCUCUAUUUUUAUUAUUAAUAUUUUUAUAUAGCCCUUCGUACAUCAGCUAAUAUCUCGAAGUGCUGUACAGAAACCCAGCCUAAAACCCCAAACAGCAAGCAAUGCAGGUGUAGAAGCACGGCGGCUAGGAAAAACUCCCUAGAAAGGCCAAAACCUAGGAAGAAACCUAGAGAGGAACCAGGCUAUGAGGGGUGGCCAGUCCUCUUCUAGCUGUGCCGGGUGGAGAUUAUAACAGAACAUGGCCAAGAUGUUCAAAUGUUCAUAAAUGACCAGCAUGGUCAAAUAAUAAUCAGGCGUAAAUGUCAGUUGGCUUUUCAUAGCCGAUCAUUAAGAGUAUCUCUACCGCUCCUGCGGUCUCUAGAGAGUUGAAAACAGCAGGUCUGGGACAGGUAGCACGUCCGGUGGACAGGUCAGGGUUCCAUAGCCACAGGCAGAACAGUUGAAACUGGAACAGCAGCAAGGCCAGGUGGACUGGGGACAGCAAGGAGUCAUCAUGCCCGGUAGUCCUGACGCAUGGUCCUAGGGCUCAGGUCCUCCGAGAGAGAGAAAGAAAGAGAAGGAGAGAAUUAGAGAGAGCAUACUUAAAUUCACACAAGACACCGGAUAAGACAGGAGAAGUACUCCAGAUAUAACCAACUGACCCUAGCACCCCGACACAUAAACUACUGCAGCAUAAAUACUGGAGGCAGAGACAGGAGGGGUCAGGAGACACUGUGGCCCCAUCCGAUGAUACCGCCGGACAGGGCCAAACAGGAAGGAUAUAACCCCACCCACUUUCCCAAAGCACAGCCCCCACACCACUAGAGGGAUACCUUCAACCACCAACUUACCAUCCUGAGACAAGGCCGAGUAUAGCCCACAAAGAUCUCCACCACAGCACAAACCAAGGGGGGGCGCACAUUUGUGGCCUGCUGGAGGUCAUUUUGCAGGGCUCUGGCAGUGCACCCCCUUGCACUAAGGCGGAGGUACCGGUCCUGCUGCUGGGUUGUUGCCCUCCUACGGCCUCCUCCACGUCUCCUGAUGUACUGGCCUGUCUCCUGGUAGCGCCUGCAUGCUCUGGACACUACGCUGACAGACACAGCAAACCUUUUUGCCACAGUUCGCAUUGAUGUGCCAUCCUGGAUGAACUGCACUACCUGAGCCACUUGUGUGGAUUGUGGACUCCGUCUCAUGCUACCACUAGAGUGAGAGCACCGCCAGCAUUCAAAAGUGACCAAAACAUCAGCCAGGAAGCAUAGGAACUGAGAAGUGGUCUGUGGUCACCACCUGUAGAAUCACUCCUGUUUUGGGGGGUGUCUUGCUAAUUGCCUAUAAUUUCCACCUUUUGUCUAUUCCAUUUGCACAACAGCAUGUGAAAUUUAUUGUCAAUCAGUGUUGCUUCCUAAGUGGACAGUUUGAUUUCACAGAAGUGUGAUUGACUUGGAGUUACAUUGUGUUGUUUAAGUGUUCCCUUUAUUUUUUUGAGCAGUGUAUUUUGCCUGAAUGCAAAACGUCACAUCUGGAGGAAACCUGGCACCAUCCCUACGGUGAAGCACGUGGUGGCACGGUGGGAGACUAGUCAGGAUUGCGGGAAAGAUGAACAGACCAAAGUACAGAGAAAUCCUUGAUGAAAACGCGCUCCAGAGCGCUCAGGACCUCAGACUGGAGGGAAGGUUUACCUUCCAACAGGACAACGGCCCUAAGCACACAGCCAAGACAACGCAGGACUGCCUUCGGGACAAGUCUCUGAAUGUCCCCGAGUGGCCCAACCAGAGCCCGAACUUGAACCCGAUCUAACAUCUCUGGAGAGAUCUUGAAAAUAGCUGUGCACCGACGCACCACAUCCAACAGACAGAGCUUGAGAGGAUCUACAGAGAACAAUGGUAGAGACUCCCCAAAUACAGAUGUGCCAAGCUUGUAGCGUCAUACCCAAGAACACUCAAGGCUGUAAUCGCUGCCAAAGGGGCUUCAACAAAGUACUGAGUAAAGAGUCUGAAUACUUAUGUAAAUAUGAUAUUUCAGUUUUAUAUUUUUUAUACAUUUGCAAACAGUUUUUGCUUUGUCAUUAUAGGGUAUUGUGUGUAGAUUGAUGAGGGGGAAAGCUAAACGUAACAAAAUUUGGAAAAAGUCAAGGGGUCUUAAUACGGUAUAUAUGAGACUCAAUUUUGAGUCUCAUAGCAAAGGGUCUGAAUACUUAUGUAAAUAAGAUAUUUCUGUUUUUAAUUUAUUUAUACAUUCUAAACCAAUUUUCACUUUGUCAUUAUGGGGUAUUUUGUGUAGAUUAAGGGAAAACAAAUAUUAAUCCAUUUUAGAAUAAGGCUGUAACAUAACAAAAUGUGAAAAAAGGGAAGGGGUCUGAAUACUUUCCGAAUGCACUGUAUAAUAGAUGAUAGUUUACAGGCCUGCUGAGACGUAUUCAAGAAGUGGGCCUGGAGUUGCAAAGAUUUAUGAACAGUUUCAAUGUGUUUGAAAUCUAUCUUUGUAAACCUGUAAUGUAUAGAUAAUGGUUCAUAUAAAUUAAAGUAAUGGGCUCCUAUUGUACAGGUAGACCAGGUUGUUUACAAGUAUAAAUUAAUGAUAAAGAAAUGGGCAUCACAAGGACUGGACAAUAUGUGUGUGAAUUUAUGUGUUUAGAAAAUGGGAGAUCUUUUUUUACAUUAAAAAUGUAACUGCUAUUUGCUUUCUAAAUUAGUGUUUGUGUAUUAACUCAUUUCAUUGGCAAUAAAUCUUUGACAGAAAAAGUCCACGUAAAUUGAAUUUUCAUUCUUGAUGCACUAAUAUUGUUAAGAAAUAUAGAUGCAUUUUUCUGUGAA